AUGGGAGACAUGGAGUUCGCUAAAGCUCAUGAUUCUGCAAUUUUUCUUGAAGAUCCUCCUGCAGCCCACAGUGACUUGAAAUUCAUUGUGGAUGGUUUGAAGAAAUCAUGCUUGGUUCAUUGCUUAACUACAAAUCCUGCUAUCUACCAAAGUUUGAUUAAGGAUUUCUGGAGAAAUGCUGAUGUAAAGAAGAAUGAUCGAGGUGAAAAAUUUCUGGAAACAACAAUCGAAGACAAGAAAAUUCUAGUAACAGAAAGCAUCAUCAGAGAAUCUCUUCAAAUUGAGGACAGACCUAAGUACCCCAUGGAGAUUGACGUUCAUCAAAUUGAGAAAAUUUUAGAGCAUAUGGGAUACGAAGGAACUUUUCCUCCUACAAUCAAAAAGCUGCUUCCUCCAUGUUGGAAGCUUUUGGCUCAUGUGUUCGUGAGUUGCAUUUCUGGCUGGAGAUCAGGAGCUAACGAGAUUUCUCUAGCCAACACUGGUGCCAUUGCUACAUUGGCCGCAGAGGAUGUCAGAGAAGAAUCAGCAGAUCAAUCCAUGUCGAUGGAAAAUGAAGAUAUUCAUCACUCUCCCUCCGAGCCUGUAGUGGAGGAGAUUCAUCACUCUCCCACAGCUUGUGUAGCUGAUGAGCAUGAUUAUCAGAAAGCAAAGGAUUCAAAAUCUUCUCGAGGGGAUGAUGACGAUGAUCUUUAUGAAGAUGUAGAGUUUUUGAAAGAAAUCGACUUUACAGGAAUCAAUGAUGACAUUCCAACAAACAUAGAGUUUGAUUUUGGUGAUGAAGAUUUUGAUCCUUUUCUUGAUAUUCCCAGUAGCCGUGUAAAUAAAGUCAAUGAAGUUGCUUCUCUAGCAACCAAGACUAGAGAUGAAGGAAAUUUUCUCAAAAUUCUGCUCUCUACCUCAAAGCCCUUGGAAAUCACAACAAGCCAAGGAGAUGUGACAAUAGAGAUUCCUCCCUCUGUGUCACCUGUCUCAACAUCAACUCCAGUCAUUUCUAUGUUAUAUGAACCUCAGACUUCUCAGACCUCCAUAAGAACAAGCCAAUCUCUUGAAAGUCUGGAGGUACCUUCUGUAAAAUGUGCUCCUCAAGUUAUUUCAACAAUCACUGCAACCACUGCUCACUCUCUUUCAAAGCAAACUGAUGAAGGUACAAGCACCAUGUUCGAGACUCGUGGAUCCUCUUCUAUUCCAGAAUAUUCUCCAACACGACCUUCUCUUGAUGAAGCUUCUAUCAGAUUAGUAAAACAUCUGGCUCAAUCUAGUCCAACCUCUUCAUGCGGAAAAGGAAUAUCAUUUAACGAGGGUCGGACAGAUGAUGACAAAUCCUCUUCAUCUGAUCUCCGAGAAGAAAUUGGAAUUCUCCGUCAAUAG